CAUGCAAUGUUGGAUAACUUUAUUUAAUAUUUUUACCCGUAUAUUGAUACAACAGAUUCACAAACUAUUUGGUAGUCACUGUCACAGCUACUGUCAUAAUCGUUUUCGACUAAGCCCUUCGGAAAAGACUCACCGGCAUCAUACGAAGUCGCGUUCACUUGGCGUUUAGUCUGUACCAAGCGGCUGUUACGUCUUGUUCGUCAUCAAACACAGUAGUACUACUCCACAGACGACAGACAUAGGGAGAUGGAAAAUAGCGAGAAAAGGAGAGCGAUAACGGCCAACAAAGAGCAACAAUAUCGCCGCCAGACCGCACCGUUUGAUGUAGCCUUCGUUCGGAGCGAUCUGGCUGGCGCAGAGUUAGCAAGCAGAGUGAGCGAAAGAACCUUUGCCAUGAAUGGAAACGCAGAGAGACUACCGCAGCAUCCUCCCAGUGAAGUUCGCGAGGGGUGGAAAAUGCUUACCACGAGUACUCCUGGCCGACGUCUCGCUUUUCACCGCACUUUUCCGCGCGCACCAUGUACAUAAACGACCAAUAAGGGAGGAGUUAGCUUAGGGCUUACAAGUGGCAAAGGUAACAAAUGUGGACUUUCGACAUCAAGAGAGGACGAAUCAUAGAUUUCCGAUUGCAUGAAUUUUCGCCCCGAUCGUCAGUUGCUGUCAGCGAGAAUACGCAGGCAGCAGUAGCAGCCCGUCAGGCAGCAGCACAAGCAUCAGUGUGACGAGGCUUCGGUGUCGAAAGAUUGGCAGUUGUGUCAACGGAACUGGCGAAGGUGUUGGCUGGUGUGUUCGGUGUGUUCGAUGUGACGGAGUGAUUUCUAGUAGCAGAACGAACGACCGUCACCGAAGUUGUUGAUGUGGGCCAGUGGCAUACCGUCGGAUUAACGCAGUGUAUUAUUUGCCAAGCAAGACAGCUUCUUUUUGGGACCAAAAGGCACUUUAUGUGAAGACAUCACGCAUCAAAGAGCUGAAGUGAAAAAGUGCGUUGAACCAGGGCCAAGCUUGAGGCCAAGAAAUUCGACGACAAAAAAUACAUUCUUCAAUAAAAACAAUUGCUGCGCGUCGUUUCUCCAUGGUGUGCAAUUGCACUUUUUGCAUUGGAUGUUGCUGUGAGUGCAUUUGUUGGUUUGAGCGUGUCGGAAGUUAAUUAAGGUUCGAACAGAAUUGCGAUUGUUCCCGGUCCGUUCUCUGUAUAUGUUGAGGAUUGUUUAGACGAGUUUUGGUGACUCUGCAAGUACGUGUGACUCCGUAGCCUCUGAUAGUUUUUAUUUCAUCUUGUUUGGUGUGUUUUUUUUUGUGGACGAACAAAGAACAUUUGGAAAAUCAGUGCAAUAAACGAAUGUACGGCUGAUAUUGGGAAGUGUCACUAAGCCCUUCGAUUUGGAUUUGGCAUUGUCUUGUAUGGUCUGGUCGAAUUCGCAAUAGGCAUUAAUAGACUAUUAACGAAUACACUCGUGAAGUUGCAUACUGUUGAGGGUUUGAUUCUUCAACGCCCGAUGAUAGCAUAGAAUCGCGAACGAGACCCGACUAAUCCUGCACGUCAAGAGUCAAUGUGAUGCUAAUAGGAGUACAUCCUACUGAACAGAAGUUUUGUGCAAGUGGUUUUGAAUGUUUCGGUUCAGCAAGAAAAACGGUAAUAUGGACAGCUCGACCGUACUGCAAGACAACAAGAGUGGAUUCAGUAAAGGUACCAUUGCGGAUUUCUACGAUAAGCUUGAGAAGGAUGAUGGAGGUCGAACAUUCGGGAUUGAUGAUGCUACUCACGGAGGAUUAGCUCGCAUUGAGAAUGGAAUGUCCGGAAAAGGUGAACAUCGGAGCUCACCCAUUUCGUGUUAUUCGCCUCAAAAUCGACUUUUACCAUGGCCUCCACAGCAUGUGAACGAAAGUUCGAGUUCCUCAGCCAGGAAAGCUCAGAAUCUCGGUCUGAUAUGCGUAGUAUGCGGAGAUACCAGCUCUGGAAAACACUAUGGCAUAUUGGCUUGUAAUGGAUGCUCGGGGUUCUUCAAGCGCAGUGUUCGAAGAAAAUUAAUUUAUCGAUGCCAGGCCGGAACUGGAAGCUGUACAGUGGACAAGGCACACAGGAAUCAGUGUCAAGCAUGUCGAUUGAAAAAAUGCCUUACGAUGGGAAUGAACAAAGAUGCUGUGCAAAAUGAGCGUCAACCACGAAAUACGGCAACAAUCCGACCGGAAGCUCUGCGGGAUAUGGAGCAGGGUCGGGCCUUGCGAGAAGCAGCCGUUGCCGUCGGAGUGUUUGGGCCUCCAGUUUCGUUGGCACUACUUUCACCGUCCCGCUACGGUCCUAGUAUCUUGCCAACACCCGCCUUACCGACCAGUCAAUUUCUGCACCAUCAUAGCCAGGUGUCCUCGCUGGUAAAUAGUCUACCACACCACCAUCCUCACCAUCCACAUCAUGCCGCUAUGCAUGGUCUAGCGAACGGAUUGUCGAUGAAUCUCAACGGUGUCGGUAUGCAGGGACACAACGGAACGUCCGGUUUGAUUCAUUCGGCUGGAAAUGGCUCCGAUCGAGACCGAGACACCGUCGUUCCGAUGAACAGCAGCAGUGGUGAUAGCAACAACAACAAAAACCCUUCGUCCGGUUCGACCGAGAACCUCAAUACGACAUCGUCCUCUAACCAUUCGAUGGCCGGCGAUCAGUCGCCGAGUGGAGGAGGUUCACCUGCCCACGGGACGUCAGCGAAUGGACUCGGAACAGGUGGUUGUCCAACCGGCGGGUCAAGCAUGAGUGCCGAGAAGCAUCCACAGCACAGCUCGUCAUCGUGCGGAUCGGCUAGUCCUAUUCUGGAACAGGACAACAUGAACGAUAACGACGAUGAUUCUAUUGACGUGACCAAUGAUGAAGAUACAGAUCCGGCACAGAAUAACAAUACCAUACCGAGCCUGAUGAAUCAUCCAUUUUAUGGACAAGGACCUAUGUUCAACUUUCAAGAAACCAUUUACGAAACCAGUGCUCGACUAUUGUUUAUGGCCGUCAAAUGGGCCAAAAACCUUCCCAGCUUCGCUAGCCUUACGUUUCGGGAUCAGGUUAUCUUGCUUGAAGAGUCUUGGGCGGAGCUGUUUCUACUGAACGCUAUCCAGUGGUGUAUGCCGAUUGAUACGACUGCAUGUACGUUGUUCUCAUUGAACGAACAUUGUAACAGUGCAAACAAUUCCGGCUUUUUUAAACCGGGCCAGGUACGUGUGAAGGAAGUUGCUUAUAUAUUUUCCAUUCAAGGAAUGUCUAUUAAAGGAUUGUUUAUAUUUUUCCAGCUAGCACAAGAUCUACGGAUUCUUAACGACACACUCUGUCGAUUCAAAUCGGUGCUGGUAGAUCCGGCUGAAUUCGCUUGCAUGAAAGCCAUCGUCUUAUUUCGUUCCGAAGCGCGAGGUCUCAAAGAUCCGGUACAGAUUGAAAAUCUGCAGGAUCAAGCACAAGUAAUGUUGGCUCAACACUCACGAACACAAUUCCCGGGACAGAUCGCACGGUUCGGACGAUUGCUGUUGAUGUUACCCUUGUUGCGAGCGGUCAACUCGCAUAAAAUAGAAUCGAUCUAUUUUCAGAAAACGAUCGGAAAUACACCGAUGGAAAAGGUGCUAUGUGAUAUGUACAAAAAUUAACUUCACCCGGUGUUCGGUGCGGAUGCUGCAAAGAGUCGGUAGUGUUUACCAUUAGGAAGAAAAAAAAGAUCGAAUGUGGAGAACAAGCGUGGUAGAUGCCUAGCCAGGGAGGAUAGUAUUGCAAAAUGCCUAAUUUUUCUAUUCUGCGCUAAAUUAAACAAAACAAAACCGGCACACCUUUUCGCUCGCAAAUUAUUUAAAUUCGUGUAUUAAUUCCUAAUCAAUAUGCAGUUAAUGUCCUAAUCGUGCGUUUGAUUGAAACAAUUUGGCGUAACACCACUGGUCGAUUAGUUCGAAAUUGGAGUCUAGAUGCAUUUUCAUUUUGCUAGAGUGCCUGGUGGGUAACUAUUAUGGACAGACAAAAGCGGCCGUACAUGGAACUGAUUAGAGCUGCGAUCGAGAGUAAAUUAUUAGUAACAAAAAGGCGAACGGUAAAAGCUGUGUUUACUGUGCGACAAAUAUUUUGUUUCAGUUAGUCAUUUGCUACGACCAAGUACGUAUGUGGUCGUAGUGCAGAAUUGCACUUUCCCAAUGAAUUACGCUAGUAAUUUGUAAUUAAGGUGACAACCACCAAAUAGAAUAAUAAUUAUGCGAGACAAAUGCACCGUACGGCGUGGUUCGGAUAUACAUUUUGGCAAGAGGAAUGGUAUAGAAUAGCGCACUGAAUUGUCACUGAACUUGUGGUAGCCUAGUCUAGAGCGAAGUAUGAGGAUUGGUUUUAUGUAUGCAUUCUAAAUUAGAACUUUUUUUAGAAGUAUAAAAUUUCCAAUGAUGCAAGGGAAUGGCAUAGAAAACAUAAAGAGUAAUUAUUAUUCUGGAAUCUAUUGUGGAUUAUUCUUUUGAUUGGUUUCGUACGUGCACCGGCGUAGCUUCAAUGAAUGCAAUUAUAUGUAUUUAAAAGUAAACGAAUAAAUAAGUAAUUGUUUAACUACA